CCAGUGUGUUUCAAAGUCUAACAGAUGACUCAAUGCUGCCCUGCACUGUUCAUAAAGACUCCAAGUUACAAAUAAAUUCCAAGCACCCCGUUAUACUGGCCACACCCAGUGUGCUGUCCACUUAUAGCCCCAGAACUCUAAGCAACAUUAGAGUAGUGGUUACUGAUGAAGCAGACUUCUUGUUGACUAAUGGACAACAAGAAAUAUACGAAAUUCUCAGUUAUUUUAUGGGUGUAGAUAUCACCACAAAGAGGCGAAAAAAGCAAAGAUUGAGGCCUAAACAAUUUAUUUGUGAUGCUGAAGUACAUGAUGAGGAUUCAAAUGGACACAAGUUUGUUAGAAAUGUACAUUCGCCAGGUGAAGCUUCAGGUUUUUAUGCCAGCACAACUGCUUUGGCUCUUCAAAGGCAAUUUAUAUUUGUGGCUGCAACGUUGCCUUCUCGUGGGGAAAAGGACAUAUGCAAUGUGUUAAGAGAAUGGUUACCAGAUGCUGAAUUGAUCUCCUCAGAUUUGGCCCAUCACAUAGUGCCAACAGUAGAUAUAUGUUACAUUAAGGUAGAAGAUGCUCUUAAACUGCCUGAGUUAUUGCGUUGCCUGAAUUCGCUAGUGGGGUUGAUCAGGUAUCCACUUAGCACUGUUGGAAGAGCAAAUAACAAAGAUGCGACUUCUAUGCAAGAGGCAAACGUUGAUCAUAGCACGAAUUAUUCUAGCGGUAAAAGAGAAGACGAAAAAUCGUAUUCAGGUGAAAGGGUGGCUGAGAGACUGGAUCUUGGAAAGGAAACUAUUGAUGGUGAAUCUCAAAGAAGGCAAGGAGAAGCCUGUGUUGAGACAGUUGGAAUGAAAAAUUUACGGGUGUUGGUGUUUGUUAACACUACAAAAGCUGCGGAAGAAGCUUAUAACUUCCUCAGUGGCACUGCAGAGCGAGGGGAGAGUGACUCAGUGCCUUGGAAACAUGUCAUCCUGAACGACCAAACUACAACAAUUUGGCAAAAUGACCCAGGAGAAUUGGACAGAGAUGCUGGAGCAAAGGCACAAAGACGCGUUGUGACACAUACUGGGUAUAUAGAUCUAUGGCCAGGCAAAGUUGGACAGAUUCACAAAAAUAUCUUGCCUGCUGAAAGAAUAGACACGCUGAAGAAAUUCACAUCUGGUGAAUUAAAGGUUUUGAUUUGCACAGAUUUAGCAUCUAGAGGGCUGGACAUCCCGGAUGUAAGUCAUGUGAUUCAGUUGGACUUUGCCUUGAGCGCCACACAGGUGCUGCAUCGCACGGGAAGGACGGCCAGGGCAGGUGCAUCGGGCAAAGUGAUAAAUUUUGUCGCCGAACAUGACCAGGAUCUAGCUCGCGCUAUACGAGCUUGUCACCAGUCUCAGAGCAAUGACGGUUAUCAAGCCACGUUUAGCCGGAAAAGAAGUUUUAGAAAGAAAUUGAAAAAGAACGCUAUUACUUUAGCUGACAAGCUGUAAUACGCCCGCCGUUGAUUUAACAUCCUGAUUGUACGUAGAUUCAUGGCAACCCCCACGGCGAUUGGGUGAUCUUUCGCCUUUUCCAUCACGAGUAAAUAAAGAUUAAGAUAACUUUUGCAGUUAUAAGGAAAUAUGUUUUGCUUUAGUCAGGAGCAUGAGAAAACGAAAAUAAAGGAGUUCUUCACAAGGAAUCA